AUGGGUUCCCGUUGUGCCAAGCUCAGCACAGGCCACAGCCGGGGCCACGAAUCGUCCAUGAAGAAACUCGUGGCCUGCGUGAGUCAGGAUAACUUCUCCUUGUCAUCCGAGGGUGAGGAAGAGGAGGAGGGAGAGGAGGAGGAGGAGGAGGAGGAGGAGGAAGAAGAGCUCCCGGUACAGGGCAAGGUGCUGCUGAUGGAAUCUGAGCGGCAGGAGGAGGAGAGCACUGAAGAAGAUCCUGUGGCCCAGCAGAGCCCUAAGCCUGAGCAGACGCGCUCCUGA